UACUCCCCUUCUUGUCUCAGUCCAUCUGCUCGCACUGCUCCCGCUCAUUCUUUGCUGCUCCCUUUGCUGUUUUGUCGUUUGAACCACGGCUCCUUUCGGACAAAUUCAUCCUGAGGAUACAGCACAAGGACAGAGGAAACAGGGAUAUACGUUGAGAAGGAUGAGAUGGUUCUGAAGGAGACUAUCUACAUCAAAAGAGGCUACAAGAAUUAGGCUAAACCAAUGGAGGACGUGGACGACAACAUUUCAUCAACUGAGUUCGAGCCUCUCUUCAUCAAAGAGGAUGGGGAACCAGACAGAACCCUCAUGGAACAAAGAGAGUGCAACACGGCACAAUCUGGACUCACCUUCACAGGAACACAGCUGAAUCCAUCAUCUUUAAUUAAGCCAUACUUACAGGAGAUGGAUGACUUACUGAAGAGCUGUGAGGAGCUUACUGGUAUUCCUUUUGGGUCUCGCUUCUCAGAAAGUUACACAGAAACAAGCAUGAGCGAAUCAAUUCACGGUCAGAGCAAAGAGGAAGUUACAAUGGAGAGCUACAGAGAAACAAGUAUAUCUCCCCAAGCAUAUCUUUCCACAAGCUAUAUUGACACACACAUGGAUGGGGCUGGAACGGAAGACCAGCCAGCACAAGGGCAGACGCAAGGCAUGGGCACCAUCAUCAACAGGUGUGGAGUGACUGCAGAAGUUUCUCGCCAGACAGAAAUGCCUAUCACUUCAGCAGGCAACAAACUGAGUGAAACUAUGGUGCAGUAUGAGGGCCAGCUGCUGGGAAUGUUGGCCAUGCUGGAGAGCUGUAUGGAAGAGACUGGGAUGGACUUUGAGCCACAAGACUGGGCUACAGAUGAAAGCCAUGAAUAUGUACACAUCAGUAAGAAUCCUCAUCUUUAUAGGGGUACUACACUGGUGCCCAUUCAGCAGGGGAGGCCAGAGAAUUUGGGGACCCAUCCAGUGCAAUUAGAAACCUGGGCAGCUCAACAUGCAGAGGGAGAUAAAGUUUCCAAGGACAGCAGUAAAGGAGUGACAGUAGGAUCAGCAACAAGUAGAAGCCAGCAGAAUCCUUUGCUUGGCUUUAGCAACAUGAGUGGCAUCUCAAUGGAAAGACUGGAAAGGUCAGGCACAACAGACCAGGGGGCUCUUGAUCUACAGUUCAGGUUUUCAGGGCCAUCAGAGCCAUUAGAUAACAACAAAAAUGAUCCAAUGUACUGUGAAGGGACAACGACAAAAUAUAUCUUUACUGAAGGCACAGAAAAGGACGGAGAAAUUACUGGGACUGAAAAAGAUGACACUGAAAUGCCGGCUGAAGAGAGGCUAGAGCUCAAGAUUGACAUCAUUGAUCUGAGAUCUGGCGUGAAUAAAUUAGGGGAGUUGGGGUCUCAGAUGGAGGAGUGCAUAGAGGAAGUACAGCAGUUAGAGAAGAGGAGGAAGGAGCUGCUGGCAGAGGUGCUGGAGUUGAGAGGGAACAAAAACAGAGAGGAGGCAGUGGGGGACAGUGAGGAGGAAGAAGUGACAGAAGAGCAGAUUGACAGCAAAGUGGCGGAGCUGAUGAAUAUACUAAAGAGUGAGGAAGAGUGGAGAAGGGAGGAGAGGAAGAGGGAGAUACAGAGCCUCAGGGAGGAGAGAGCGGAGGAGGAGAGGAGGAUGUGGAAGGUCAACCUGGAGAGACAGGGGCUGCAAGAGGAGCUCCGAAAGCUGAAAAUGAGGCUCUUUGCCAUGGCCAGGAACUGUACUCACAGUCAGGCUAACCUGAACAACCAGCGCCGUGAGGUGGAGCUGCUAAAUAGAGAAGAGGAGAAGCUGCAGGCCCUGGUUCUACAGCUGACAGAAGAGGGCUUCCAGCUCAGGUCGGCACAACAACAACAGCUCUUAAAACUACAAGCAGAAGUUCAUGCCCAGACCUCCAGUCAGACCUCCAACACCCAGGAGGAGCUGACCGAGUGCAGGAGGCACUCCUGUGGGGACAUCCAGCAGUAUUUGCAGGGUGGGCUGAGAGCCCUGGAGGACAGGUACGAACCCAUUUUGCUGGCUUUGCUGAAGAGGAGAGAGGCAACAGCUGGAGCGCUUGUGAAAGCCAAAGAACAGGCCCAGGAGCUGAGGGCCCAGCUUGGACCCCUCAGGGAGGAGAUCCAAAAGCUGAAGCUCCAGAGGGCUUUAUUGGAGGAGAAACUCAAACUAAUCCACAUACAUCGGAGAGAGGAUGUGGGGCAGUACAGGGAGACAGUGUACUGUCUGGAGGAGAGCAGCAGAGAACUGAAGACUGAGUUAAGGAUUCAGAAGAAAAAAACCAAAGAGAUAGAGGAGCUGAGAGACAGCCUUACCAAACAACUCCUCCUUUACAGGGCUGCCAUUGAGGACCAUAACAAGUGUGACCAUGAGGCGAAAACAUGAUUGUUUUUAAAAUCAAUAACAAACCCGUGAACAUAGUUCAGCGAUAAAACUUAUAUUUAUCUGUGACUGAGUGAACGCCAAGGGUCAAUUAAUGCACUUUACACACAUUAAGAGACAUGCCGUUUUUAAAACACAUAAAACUAAGAUUGACAAAGUUUUUCAGAACAGUCUGUAAAGGUGACCUAGACUGCUGCUUGUAGAAAGGUUUUUGUUAUGAAUAAAGGCUUUGCGAUUCUUGUAAUCUGAAUACGACUGAUGAGUUAACGUCUGAAUCUGAAGAGCAGAGAAGGGUUCGUGUACUUAUAAGGGCAACAUGGAUGAGAAACUAAACAGUGGGACGCAG